AUGGAUGAUGUGAAUGAUGAGAAUGAUGAGAAUGAUGAGAAUGAUGAGAAUGAUGAGAAUGAUGAGAAUGAUGAGAAUGAUGAGAAUGAUGAGAAUGAUGAGAAUGAUGAGAAUGAUGAGAAUGAUGAGAAUGAUGAGAAUGAUGAGAAUGAUGAGAAUGAUGAGAAUGAUGAGAAUGAUGAGAAUGAUGAGAAUGAUGAGAAUGAUGAGAAUGAUGAGAAUGAUGAGAAUGAUGAGAAUGAUGAGAAUGAUGAGAAUGAUGAUAAUGAUGAGAUUGAUGAGAAUGAUGAAAACGUAAAUGGAAAUUGGGAAUUAUGGUGGUAA